AUGAUAAAAGUAAAUGACAAACCGGUGUCAAGUAGUGAUAUUGAAUGCUCGUGUCUUGUGACAAAGCUUGACAUGCAGCGACUAAUUUUACAAGCGAUAUUAUCAACUGAAUUAUGUACUCUGAUUUCAGCAUGUACUCAAAACGAAUUCAGAUGUAGAAACGGUCAGUGUAUUAGCAGUCGAUAUCGUUGUAAUGGAGCCACUGAAUGCUAUGACAAAUCUGAUGAAUUGAAUUGCCCGUGCAAAGAAGAUCAAUUUGAAUGUGCAGCGCUCUAUUGUAUUCCGAAAGAGCAACGUUGUGAUGGUGUAAAUCACUGCUCCAAUGGUCGCGAUGAACUCAACUGCGACACUCACACUACUUCGUACUGUCUUUCUGGUCAGUUUAGAUGUAACGACGGUCACUGUAUCGAUGGAUCUCUUCAUUGUGAUGGUCGAAGUGACUGUUCAGAUCGAUCUGAUGAAAGAAAUUGCCCUGUAACAACGUGUAACAGUGAUCAAUUCCGAUGUUCAGAUGGCACCUGUGUGAGUAUCGAUAAACGGUGUAAUAACAUCAAUGAUUGCAGAAAUGGGGAAGAUGAAAGUCAGUGUGGUUGUGGAGCUACGGACUUUCGUUGCAAAGAUGGUCAAUGUAUUGCCUACCAACUGCAGUGCGACGGAUCGAACGAUUGUCGCGAUGGAUCUGAUGAACACGAACAAUGUGCGGAAUAUGAAUGGCGUAAUUACUACAACACAAAAAAAUACAUUGAAUUAGAAAGAAAAAAAUUAUCAUCUAACAAAUUGAGUCAAAAUAAAAGACAACACCUAUCGAGUAACUCGAUAAAAUCAAUGAAAAAAAAUAAUUCAUACACAGAAUUUUCACACUCUGGAAAAGAUAUUACCGAUCCAAUUUUAGAAUCUUUUCCGAAUAUACUUUUAAUUUUGACAAAUAAUGUAACGAGUUUCAACGAUACUGAGUCGCCUAAGCUGCAAUGGGAACUGAUUAAUACAACUGAUAGUAAGCACUUAUCAUCUAAUCAACAAGAAAUCAAGCCGUUAUCUCAGAGUUAUGAAUUACAUUAUCCGCCUCAAGCAUCUCAAAUUAAUGCAGCUAUUCAAAAAAUAAUGGAAGUACUUUCACAGCUAGAUAAAAAACAAAUUGAAGAAACUUUAAAUUCCUUGUAUAAGCCAGAAACUAAGUUGCAUAAAAUGACAGAAAAGAAACACUUAUCUUCUCAUAUUAUAGAUCGGAAUAACUUGAAAGAUGAUUUAAUAAGGAGAGUCAUAGCUGAUAGUAUUAUAAGUAGAGUAUUGAAGCAUAAAAAUAAAACAAGCGCGGUUUAUAAGUAUUUAAUAAAAUUAUUGAAAUCGCAGGAUAACUCAAUUGCAAAUUUAAUCGAAUCUAAUACUAUAUCACCAGUGGCUAAUAUUACGUCCGUUUCUUCAGCUAAAAAAAGUUUCGACUAUAAUAAUUCAAUGACUUUCUAUAAGUGGUUGAAUCGAACGAGGGUGAUGCAAAAUCAUUGGUUUAAAUUUCGGAACCAGUAUAUUAACUAUAAAUAUAAAAAAAAUCGAACUAAUGCACAACCUCGCAGAAAUAAUGACAUAUCAGUCAAAAAACAGAAUUAUCCGCAGUACUUUAUCUCUGUAAAUAGACCAGCAGAUCUGAAAAUAAACAAUACAUCAACAUUAAAAAACGUUACAUUUAACGUAGAACCUCUUAAUGAAUCUGCAUUAUUAAGCAAAAAUGACAUCAGACUGGACUAUUCGAAGGCUAAUAAUAAUAAUUCCAUAAUACCUGAAACAAAAAUACAAGUGAUGAAUAAGCGAACUAAAAUAAAUAACUUAAUAUCUGAUGUAAAAUUGUCGAAAAAUUUCAAUUUAAAAAAAAAAAGUUCCGGUUUUGGAAUAUCAGACGGAAAUAAACUUACAUUAAGAAAAAGAAAAUUUUGUCUAAAUAGACGUAAACUAUAUAGAAAUUCUUCAAUAUCUUGUUAUUCUAGAAAAAACUAUUUCGGUAAGAAAAAUAACGUUAGUAAUUAUUUUAAAAAAUGGAACAUUAAAAAGUCAACUUAUAGUUACGUGAAUAAUAAAGUUAAAAGUAGAAAAACUAAUGAUGAGUCAAAUAUUACUUUAAAUCGACGUAAGAGAUUACUCGAUGACAGCUUACUGAAGUUUAAAGAGGAAUUUCAAGGAAUUUAUGAUACAAAUAUGGAAAACCGAGAGGUAAUGAAAGUUAAAAAUGCUACUAAUCACGAAUCGAAGGGAUUAAAAAUAAAUGAACCCAAAGAUGAAGAACGUCAUUUAUUCAAUAAUAAUACUGAAACUGUCGUAAAAUAUAGUUCUGGUAGUAAUUCUUCAUCACUUCAAGAUUCAGAAAGAAUUAAUGUAGCAAAUUAUGAGAAAACGUCUAUUGAUUCAAAUUCAUCAGAAUGCGACAGUGAAUGUACGAAUUAUCAAAAAAAAUUGAAUAUUGAUUCCAGCAGUAGCACUACAUUAAGUGAGUUAGCAGGAAGAAGCGCCGAUUUGGAAUUGAUAAAUAUUAAGGAAUAUAAUCAAUCAACUUUAAAUAAAUUUAAACUGUUAACAUUCCCCGUUGAAUCGCAAAAAGAAGUAAUUAUAACAAAAGCUAAAAAUAGAAAGAAAAAUCCUAAAAAGAAAAAACUCAAAGGAAAAAAGGGUAAAAAUGAAAAAGAACAAUAUGCAAAUGGAAAAAGUAAGAGAAAGACUACUCCUUCAUCUUUUAUUAUCAGUACUGAUUCAACUUUAUCAAUUAUUGAAAGUGUUACUACAUCACCUUCAGCUGAAAAUUUUUCUGAUGUUAAUAAUACUAAAAAUGUGACUAACAAUUCAUUGCCCACAUAUUCAAUAUUUAAUACAGUAUGCUCAUGGUGGUUUGUUAACUGGUUAUGGGGUUGCUCUCUUCCCGAUUUUAUCCCGACUGUUUCGGAAGAAAAUACAGAAAAGUUUAUUGCGCCUGAGUUUGAUCUAAUAAAGUUAAAAGACACUUAUAAUUCAUCGCUUGAUCGAGAAAAUAUGUCGCUAGAUAUUUUUGAUGUUGAUAAUAUAACAAGUAGGGAUACUCAGAAUUCUUUAGCAACUCUAAUCGAGCCGAAUAUUGACUUAAAGUUGACACCGAUGACAAAAAAAGAAGAAAUGAAUGGUGAUAAUUUUGACAAUACAAGUAUAAUUAUCACAAGAGACCCAGAAUUUGAAGAUUAUUGUGGUGAGAGCCGAUAUUUUUGUGAUGGAAAAAAGUGCAUUGACGAAGAGAAAAUUUGUGAUGGAAAAUUAGAUUGUUUAGAUGGCUCUGAUGAAUAUGAUUGUGAAUAUUACAAUGAUUUGAGGAAUGAUAUCAUGUUAAAAAUAGAGAAGCUUGCAUCAUUUAAAAAUUCAGAUGAGAAAGUACUUCCAUAUCCUUUCAUAAAAAUCAACAAUAAUGAAACGAAAACAUUAUCGUGUGAUAAAACGACUCAAUUUACCUGCCGUGACAAAAAAUGCAUCUCUAUAAUUUUAUUCUGCGAUGGUACCAGCGAUUGUAAUGACGGAUCAGAUGAAGACUCAGAGAUGUGCAACUUUUAUGAUUAUGAGAAUUAUGAAGGUUUGGCGCCUUGCCCUCCUAUGGACUUCACUUGCGGGGAUGGCUCUUGUAUUCCACAGAGCUCAGUCUGCGACGGGUUCGACGAUUGUCCGCGAGCAGAGGAUGAGCUUAAUUGCGACCGAGGUUGUACACCAACCCAAUUCAAAUGUGCUACCGGUGGUAAAUGCAUCGAAGACAUCUAUAGGUGUGACGGGCAUCCAGAUUGUCCUGAUAGAAGUGAUGAGAACUGUGGAGUCAACAAUACUUCAAACAGUACGAUUACUCAUAUCACCUAUCCACAGCACCCACUCACUUCACAUACCAAUUUACCAGUGGACGGACGGGUCACAGAAAGACCAGUAGAAUGUGACACGGCAAGAACAGAGAUGCGUUGCGGAGAUGGAAAAUGCAUUUCUCUUCGUCGCAAGUGCGAUGGUAUUCCCGAUUGUUUAGACAACAGCGACGAACGUGACUGUGAAAAAUGCGCCAUCAACGAAUGGAGAUGUAUAAGUGGUGAGUGUUUACGAGAAAAUUUGAGAUGUGAUGGUCGGGCUCACUGUCGCGAUGGAUCUGACGAAACAAAUUGCGUUAACAAAUGUCCAACUGGAAUGUUUCGAUGCAAUGAUGGAAUAUGCCUCGACCAAAGACGACGUUGUGAUGGUCGUCCUCACUGCCAUGAUGGAUCUGAUGAAAUAAAUUGCAAAAAUACUUCCUGCCCUGAAGGCCAAUUACCAUGUGCCAAUGCUGAAACUUCACCGCGUCCACCUGUAAAAGAAUGCAACAAUUAUGAAUACACUUGUCGAGAUCGUUCAUGCAUACCGUUGUCAGCAGUAUGUGAUGGUCGUCCAGAUUGUUCAUACAAUGAAGAUGAACAGGAUUGUCACAGAAGUAUGGCAAAACUUCAGGAUAAUGUGAAUUUUACUUCGUCGAAGAGUUGCGCUGUGGGAAAUUUUGUUUGUGCUGAUGGCACAUGUAUUCCCGUGGCUCACCGAUGCGAUAAUUUUUAUGAUUGUCGUGACUUUACCGACGAACAAUUCUGUUUUGGAUGCGCUAAAGGUCAAUUUAAAUGCAAUAAUGGUGAUUGUAUUUCCGGAGACCAGAAAUGCAAUGGAGUGAUUGAUUGUGAUGACGGUUCAGACGAGGAUGGAUGUGAAUCAUCUACUUCGCCAUCUGAGCAUCAUAAUCAUCAUCCUCAUUAUUGUCAAGCAGGACAAUUUACAUGUUUGUCGGACAGAACAUGCGUUCAUAAUUCAGCUCGUUGUAAUGGUAUCCCUGAAUGCAAUGAUAGAUCUGAUGAAAAUAAUUGUGAUACUGAAGAAAAAGGAGAACUUAAUUUAAAGACUUAUCCAAGUGACCAAAUUAUUAAAGAAAGUUAUGAAGUUGUAUUCCACUGUCGAGACGAAGGAUAUCUUCGAGCUGAUGUACGAUGGCUGCGUGGAAAUAAUUUACCGCUGCCACCUGGAUCUCGUGAUAUCAAUGGCCGCUUGGAAAUUCCCAACAUUCAAGUGGAACAUUCUGGUCCUUACAUUUGCGAAGCCGUUGGAUAUCCUCCAUCAGUACCAGGACAGAGAGUCACAGUACAUCUAGAGGUCGAGAAAUUUGAGCCGGCAACUGUCCGACCUCCGCAAGUCUGUAAAUACGAUGAAGCAACUUGCAGUAAUGGUGAUUGUAUUUCAAAGAGUUUAGUUUGCGACGGUAAAUUUGAUUGUACUGAUGGUUCUGAUGAAAUGCGAUGCAACCCACAUGGAUGUGAGCCGAACCAAUUCCGUUGUUCAAACAAGCAAUGUGUUAGCAAAAUUUGGCGCUGUGAUGGUGACAAAGAUUGUACUGAUGGAAGUGACGAAGAAAAUUGUGGUACAUCACCACCUGGAUCACCUUGUCAAUACAAUGAAUUUAAAUGUAGUCAGUAUGAUCAGUGUAUUCCAAAGAGCUAUCAUUGUGAUAUGGAAAGAGACUGUCAGGAUGGUAGCGAUGAGAUUGGUUGUUCACCAGUAUACAUUACGAAACCGCCUAUUCCAAUGGUUGUUCUUGAACCAGGUGACACUAUGAUUCUUGUAUGUACCGCGAUUGGUGUGCCUAUACCUGAAAUAAAUUGGCGUUUGAAUUGGGGCCAUAUCCCUGAAAAAUGUAACUCUGAAUCAAUCAACGGUACUGGAACACUUACUUGCCCUGACAUUGGUGUAUCUGAUCAGGGAGCGUAUUCAUGUGAAGCUAUCAAUAUAGGAGGAUUUGUAUUCGCGGUCCCAGAUACGAUUCUAGUUGUUGAAAAGACAUCUGCAGUUUGUCGAAAGGGAACUUUUAACUCGGAAGCACGCCACCCAGAUGAAUGUAUUUCUUGUUUCUGCUUUGGAGUAGCCACUGAAUGCCGAAGCGCUAAUUUAUUCACAUAUCACUUUCCACCACCUUUUGAUCGCCAUAAGGUUUUAUCUGUUGACAUAUCAUCAGUCAGUCCAAUAAUCCGUGGUGAAUUAAGUAGCCAAAUGUUAGAAGUACUGCCAAUUGGUCGAGAUGGUGUAGAUAUUUCAGUUCCUUAUUCCAAUGAAUUAAGCUCCUAUGACAUUCCAUACUUUGCUUUACCAGAAGUUUAUCACGGCAGUCAAUUGAAAUCUUACGGUGGAUACCUAAAAUACAAUAUCCGUUACAGUGGUGAUGGAAGAAAUAACACCGCUCCAUCGAUUAUUCUUAAAGGAAAUGGUAAUUUAUUAAUUCACAGAAGCCAAUAUCUUGUUCCUAAUCAAGACACAGAAGUAGCUGUGAGAUUUUUCUAUGGCGAGUGGUAUAAGGUAACUGAUGGGUAUGAAAGAUUAGCUACUAGAGAAGAUAUUAUGAUGACUCUUGCCAAUGUAGAAAAUAUACUCAUCAAAGCUAAGUACGAUGAUUCACCACAAUUGGAGAUUUCUAUUACCGAAAUUGUAAUGGACACUGCUGACUCUAGAAAUACUGGAUUAGGAAGUGCUUCUUAUGUUGAAGAAUGCUCGUGUCCAACCGGAUACAGUGGUUAUUCUUGUGAGGAUUGCGCUCCUGGUUAUCGCAGACGUAAGAGUGGGCUAUGGCUAGGUGAAUGCACCAGUGAAAAAGACAUGGGAUCUUGUCCUCCUGGUUACUACGGAGAUCCAGUUCGAAACAUUCCGUGCUUGCAGUGCCCAUGUCCAUUGACAAAUCCUUCCAAUCAAUUCGCUCGAACAUGCAAACUUGGUUCCAACAAUCGGCCGAUCUGUGACUGCCCUCCUGGAUACACUGGAGAGAGAUGUGAAAGGUGUUCGGUUGGUUAUCAUGGAAAUCCAAUUAUUCCUGGUGACAUGUGCGUACGUGAUCAACAAUGUGAUCCUGACGGAAGUUUCACAACUUCUUUAGACGUUGAUGGAAAAUGUCGAUGCAAGCAAUAUGCAACUGGUUUAACGUGUGAUCAAUGCAAGCCAAAUACAUUUAACUUAGCUUCAAAAAAUCAAUUUGGAUGUAUAAGCUGUUUCUGUAUGGGAAUAACCGAUCGAUGUGUAGCUUCUAAUUGGUUUAGAAAUGAAAUUCAUGUUUCUUUCACUAAUUCUAUUCGAGACUUUUCAUUGAUUGAGUCAUCGAAUCCGAAUGCAUCAGCAAUGGUUUCAGGAAUUCGUCUUGACUCAAAUAAACGAGAAAUAAUCUACGAUGAUUUCCCUAACCGAGGAAAAGGUGACGUUUAUUACUGGCAGCUUCCUAGCAUAUUUUUGGGUGACCAAGUAACAUCAUACGGUGGCAAUCUAAAAUAUGCUGUAAGAUCAGUACCAUCUCCUGGUGGACAAAGUUCAAAAAAUAAUGCGGCUGAUGUCGUAUUAAUAAGUGCCAAUAAUAUUGACUUAUUGUAUUACUCAAAAGAAUCGCUGGAGCCUAACAUCUUGCAAUCAUUCACUGUUCCGCUAUUAGAACAGUUUUGGCAGCGAAGAGAUGGUCGUCCUGCUAACAGAGAUCAUUUACUGAUGGCGCUAGCUGAUGUUGAAACGAUAAGAAUUAAAGCAACCUACACUUCAUACACUGAUGAAGCUGCAUUAUCAGAAGUAUCACUGGACACAGCUGAAAAAUACAACACCGGAAAAGAGCGUGCUGUUGAAGUUGAAGAAUGCAGCUGUCCUGUUGGUUACACCGGACUCUCUUGUGAAGAUUGUGCUGUUGGAUAUACCCGUGCCAGUGAAGGUCUUUAUCUUGGUACUUGUGAACCCUGCAAUUGCAACGGACACUCUACUCAUUGUGACCCAGAAACUGGAGCUUGUGAAAAUUGUGGUGAUCAUACAACAGGAGAUAACUGUGAAAUUUGUGAACCCGGUUAUGAAGGUAAUGCGACACAAGGAACAUCUGAAGACUGUCGACGAUCCGGUGAAACGCUACCUACAAGGUGUAAUUGCAAUCCAGCUGGUUCACAAUAUGAUCAAUGUAUUAACGGACAAUGUACAUGUAAAUCAAAUGUAGAAGGACUUGACUGUAAUCGCUGUAAGCCUUCUACUUUUGGACUGUCAUCAGAAAAUCCAAAUGGAUGCAACGAAUGUUUCUGCAAUGGUGUAAGCAAUCAAUGUCACGAGAGCUCCUUGUAUUUGCAGCAAAUUCCUUCAUGGUUUAUCGAUUCUCACCAUGGCUUUACUCUCACCGAUGCUUCACGAUCAGACACCAUUGAUGAUGGAUUUGAUAUUAAUGUUUUAAGUAAUGAAAUUGGUUAUCAUUAUACGCGAGCCAAUCGUAAUCGUAGACUAUUUUGGUCAUUGCCAUCAACCUUUACCGGGAACAAAGUUAAAAGUUAUGGAGGAAAUUUAACUUUAACUCAGAGAUUCAGCGCACAUCAUGAAUCCAAGCCUCUGAAGGAUCAAGAUGUAAUGCUCAUUGGUAAUGGUAUAACACUUUAUUGGGUUAAUUCGCGAGAACCAUCUCCUAAUAUAUCUAUGACUUACACCGUGCCACUGAGAGAAACAGAAUGGCGAAGAUUAUCCACCGAAGGCCCUAAAAGUGCUUCAAGAUCUGAUUUAAUGGUUGUAUUGUCAAAUCUGGAAACUAUUCUGGUUAGAGCGUCAUAUAGUGAAGGAAUGAUUGCUUCUUUUAUAAGCGAUAUCAGUCUAGAUACAGCUGUAGAAAAUCUUACUGGCAAUAGAAGAGCUACUCAAGUAGAAGCUUGCCGAUGUCCUCAAGGAUACAGCGGUACUUCUUGUGAGUCUUGUGGUCGGGGAUAUUAUCGUAAUUCCACUGAUAGAUCAGAUAGUAUUCUUGGAUCUUGUAGAUUAUGUCCAUGCAAUGAUCAUGAAGAAAGUUGUGAAUUAAUUCGCGGAGGACAAAUAAAGUGUCACUGUUUGUCUGGUUUUGAUGGUCAAUAUUGUGAAAGUAUUGCCGAGGAUACAUCAAACGAUUCAUUAUAUCCCUUAGUAUAUCCACCAAGAAUUAUUGUGUCAGUUCAAGAAAAUAAAUUCCAAAUAGUUCACACUGGAAGUACAGUGAGAUAUCAUUGUUCCGGACGAUCAUCAGAUAAUGCACCUCUUCGUAUUCGUUGGGAGAAAGAAGGUGGAAGAUUACCAGACCGCAGUUUAGAUGAUGCCAGAGGUCUUCUUAUCAUUCGUGAUGUUAAGGUAUCAGAUAGCGGUGUCUACAUCUGUCAAGUUACUGAUGGUAUUGACGUUGCAGUUGAAAAGGUUACUCUAACUGUAGGAGGUUCUGGUCCUACUGAACCAAAAGCUGUAAUCCGUCCAUCAUAUCAACAAAUAAAAGAAGGAGAUCCAGUAGAAUUCCAUUGUGAAGUAACGGGUAAUCCUACACCAGAAGUAGACUGGAUACGUAUUAACGGUGAAAUUAAUCCAGAAGCUAUUUUCCAAAACAAUGUAUGGAGGAUACCAGCUGUGUCAAUGAGUGAUGCUGCUGAAUAUAAAUGUAUUGCUAGAAACCAACUUGGUGUUAGUGAACAAACAACAGUUCUAUACGUAACUAAUAAUCCCGAUAAACCACCAACUGUCGUAUCAAUGUCAUUGGACGAUGAAGGAUCAUACACUUGUCAAGCUACCAAUGCUGCUGGAAUUGUUGAAGAAAGAGUUCAUGUUCGCGUUGAUGAUGAUUAUAAUGACAAUGAUGUUGAUGUUAGUCAGCCUUGUCGAGGUGACAUGCCUUGUCCACCAAAUUACAAUCGUCCUGGAUCUGGUUCUCAAGUAUCGACACCUAGAAAAACUAAUGAGGGAGUGCGGAUUCCAGAUGAUUAUUUGAGAAUACCCAGUGGGGGAAGAGUUGAAAUUCGAUGCCAAGUAGUUGGUCCUGAUGACUCGCGUAUUUAUUUGGAUUGGAAGAGAAGUGAUCGACAAUCUCUCCCUGCUGGUAGUUCCGUUCACAAUGGCGUUUUAAGUAUUCCUGAAGUUACUAAGGAAGCUGCCGGCGAGUACAUCUGUUUAGGAUUAAAUCAUGAUGUAGUAGCACCUGGCGAAAGUCCAUCUAUCACUUGUACUGCAACUGGAGAUCAACCGCUGAGAAUAGAAUGGGCUGCAAUCGGUCGAUCAUUACCACGCUCGGUAUCUCAUAACCAAGGUUUGCUUCAAUUCCAUGGAAUCACAUAUGAAGAUGCAGGAAAAUAUGUAUGCAAAGCAACUAAUGAUGCUGGUGCGGCUGAAGCUGUAGCUGAAGUGUUGGUCAAUGAAAAUACUUAUGAUGAUGUAGGAGUGCGUGCUGUAGAACGAGAUGUCAAUACUCAAGCAGGAAACUCAGUACGGUUGCGAUGUGAAUCAAAGGAGCAAGGCUUGAUACAUUGGACCAAAGAUGGUCAACAAUUGCCACAAAAUGCACGAGUCAGAGAUAAUUAUUUGGAAUUAACAAGAGUUAGACCCGAGGAUAGCGGCCGAUACAUCUGUCAAAUUCGUAACGCUCAAAGAUUUGCAAGUGAUUAUGUUAUUCUUCAUGUUUCACAGCCUGCUGGUCCUACCGUUCACAUUGAACCGUCUGCCGACAUCAUAAACGUUGGAGACACAUUUGAACUACGAUGUGUAUUUUCUUCACGAUAUUCUUCUGGUCGCCCACAAUAUCAAUGGUUCAGAGCCGAUCGUGAUCCACUGCCAUAUUCUGCACGCAGCUAUGAAGAAAAUCUGAGAUUCAGUGACAUACAAAUGCGUGACAGCGGUAUUUACAAGUGUCGAGUGGAUUCAUCUGAGGGUGCAUUUGAGCAAGAAUACAAUCUCGUUGUUCAAGGUGGUGAAAAUGAUGAACCAGCUAUCGAAGUAAAAAACGUACCCUAUGGUUCGAGUAUCGCACUUGAAUGUAGCGCUCCAACGGAAUGGAAUUCAGAAAAACCAAUAACGUACAAGUGGAUGUCUUUCAAGCCAGAGCAUUACGAUGGAACAAUUCUCUAUAACGCCGAAUCUCCAGACGGUACCGGAGAUCUUGUUUCUUUAUUAUUGAACGAUGGUUAUCCAGAAUUCAGAUUUGAUCUUGGCUCUGGUACUGCAACAAUUCGAUCAAAUAAAUCAAUAUCUUUGGACGAGUGGCAUACCAUCAAACUUCAUCGUACUAGAAAAGAUAGUUACAUGCUAGUUGAUGGAGAAGGCCCUUACAAAGCUGCAGCCAUAGGCAGAAAGCAGAGAUUAGAUUUGAAAGAACCACUUUAUGUCGGUGGCGUACCUAGUUCGGUUACUUUCCAUCAACAAGCGGGAACGAACUACGUUGGUUUUGUUGGAUGCAUUUCUCGAGUUGUUGUUAAUGACAAACCACUUGACCUUAUUGGUGAUGAAAUUGAUAGUGUUGGCGUAUCAACAUGCGAGACCUGUUCUAAAAAUCCUUGUCAUAAUUUCGGUGUUUGUCAAGAAGCUCCCACCAAAAAUGGUUACACCUGUCUCUGUCGUACAGGAUACAAUGGUAAUCUUUGCGAUAAUGUUGGAGACUCUUGUUAUCCAGGUAUCUGCGGUCAGGGAAAUUGUAUUGAAAAAGAAUCUGGGUAUGAAUGUUAUUGUCCUCACGGUACUUCUGGACAACAUUGUGAGCACUCUAAUGAAAUUCAUCAGCCAUCGUUCCAUAAUGACAAUUCAUUUUUAGCUUAUCCAAGACCAAAAUCUGUUAGACGAUUUAAGCUGACAAUGAAUUUCAAUCCUUCGGAUAAUGGAGAUGGGAUCUUGAUGUAUUGCUCACAAAGUGAUGAAGGUCAUGGUCAUUUUAUUGCUCUUGUUAUCAAAGAUAGACUCGUUGAGUUUCGCUUUGAUAUUGGCUCGGGGAUGGCUGUGGUACGAUCCAAUUACGUGAUUCAACCCGGAGUUUGGACACGAGUUACCCUCAACCGUGACUUCAAAGAUGGAAAAUUGUCUGUGAAUGGGGAACCUUUGGUCGAAGGACGAGCUCCUGGAAUAGCAAAGACUAUAACUCUUAACACUUAUAUGUAUAUUGGCGGUGUGAAUAGAAGUCGAAUAACAAUAAAUCCAAAAGUCGACGUCACACGGAGUUUUCAUGGAUGCAUUAAUUUGCUCGAAGGAUUUUUGUUGAAUCUACAUCUUUUAAAAUCUACGGUUGACUCAGCAAAUAUUGAUGAAUGUAAAAUUUCAUCUACUCCUCGGCUAUCAAACACUAUUUUAUCUACAAUACCCGCAUUUUAUCCUGAAGCUAUGACACCAACAUAUAUUCCAUCAAUUAUUACAUCAACGAGUCUCCAUAAUUCUUGUAGUUCGAAUCCGUGCAUUCAUGGUGUUUGUCAAAUUUCUAGCAGCGUUUUUGGUUACUCCUGCAUUUGUGAAUAUGGAUAUGCGGGGAUAAAUUGUGAAAACAUAUUGAAGCAAUGUGAAUUAUUAUCUCCAUGCAAAAACGGAGGAUCAUGUACUGAUUUACAAGGGUCAUACAAAUGCGACUGUCCGCUCAGAUUCAAUGGAAAAGAUUGUGAAAAACAGAUCGAGAUAGCUUAUGAUGUUUCUUUCCGAGGUGAUGGCUGGCUAGAGCUAGAUCACUCUUUAAUGACUCAUGAUGAACAGAGUGAAGUUAUUGGAUUUGAAAUUUCAACAAACAAAAGCAAUGGUUUGAUUAUGUGGCAUGGACAAACUCCUAAUAAUUUAAACCCUGAUGAUUAUGUAGCACUAGCAGUUAUUGACGGAUAUAUUGAAUAUCAAUACAAUUUGGGCUCUGGACCAGCAGUGAUGCGUGUUCCGACUCAGAGAGUAGAUGAUGGAGAGCGUCAUAGAAUAAUCCUGAAACGUCAGGGAGCUGAUGGAAGCAUAGAAUUGAAUGGAGAUCACACUGAAAUUGGAGUCAGUGAUGGUCUUCAAAAGACUCUUAAUACUCGUGGCAACGUUUAUUUGGGAGGUGUGCCGGACUAUGCAAUGACUUAUGGAAAAUAUCACGACGGAUUCUCUGGAUGCAUUUAUACUCUUGAAGUACAAGACUCUGGUGCUAUUUUUAUGGGAGACAAAAUGGUUAGGGGUAAAAAUGUUUCCCCUUGUACAAAAAAUUCCAAUAUUUCAACCAACGAUCUUCCAACGCGAGGUGAUCUUGGAGGUGCAGAAAAAAUUUUGGAAUUUGCUUGA